GGGGUGCAUUGAGCAUGGGGGAAACGGAAUGCUACCGUCAACCACGCCGGGUUACUGCUCUCCAAUAGCUGCCUACAUCAGGAAAUGCAGUGAUUUUGCUGUUGUUUUUGGCCAGCUAGGCAAUUGAUACGGUCAAAAGCCAUCUGCAAUUCCUUGUGUCUAGGGAACGGCACAGUUUGGGCGGUGUGUGAGUUUAAUGUUUUCAGUUUCGCAAUCACUAACCGCAUGUUAUCUUCAGAUGGUCGAUUGAUGCGAAGCCAUCCCACUUUCCGCUUUUGAGAUGGCCAAUAGAGGACCCAGCUACGGUCUGACUAGAGAGGUUGAACAGAAAAUUGAGCAGAAAUAUGAUCCAAACUUGGAAGACCGUUUAGUGGAUUGGAUCAUUGCACAAUGUGGUGGGAAUAUAAAUCGUCCGGAUCCUGGGAAAACCCACUUCCAGAAGUGGCUGCUUAGCGGCGUGUUAUUGUGUAGGCUUAUGAAUGGACUUUAUCCAAAAGGCCAGGAGCCAAUUAAAAGAAUCCAGGAAUCCAAGAUGGCCUUCAAACAGAUGGAGCUAAUUUCCCAGUUCCUGCAAGCUGCUGAAGACUACGGUGUUGCAAAAAUGGAUAUUUUCCAGACUGUUGACUUGUGGGAAGGAAAGGAUUUGGCUGCAGUGCAAAGAACUCUAAUGGCCUUGGGUAGUGUCGCAAUUACCAAAGAUGAUGGGCAUUAUCAAGGAGAUCCCAACUGGUUCCAUAAGAAAGCCCAGGGCACCAGGCGCGAGUUUUCAGCAGAACAGCUUCGAAAGGGGCAAAGUGUCAUUGGUCUGCAGAUGGGGAGUAACAAGGGUGCCUCUCAGUCUGGUAUGACUGGCUAUGGCAUGCAUCGACAGAUUAUGUAGCACGCUGCCCUUCAGCAAGAAGCAGCAAGCAAAUGGACUGGGCACUCCAACCGUAAAGCACCAUAUUCUCAAUCGCUGCUCACUUUCACUUGCAGUUUACGGAUUUGUAUUGCAAAUAGUGGCAAUGCUGCACAACCAUGUUAACAAUUUAAAGUUUUAAUAUUUGCAAAAUUUCAGUUGCCGGCCUUCUCUUUUCCAUCAUCUGAACAACUGACAAUUUCAGGCAUUUUGUAUUCCAGAAGAGUCGGGAAUGAGGAUUUUUGGGACCCUCACUUAAUGCCGGCGUGCCAUUUCCUGCCAGCAGAAUUUUCUGGAAUUUGUAAUAUUCCCAAAUUUCAAGUGAUUAUUGUAUUAGUAGAAUGUGAUUUAAUUUGUCACAAUACUAGAUUACAAAGGAACAUUGCAGCUUUUGUGUAGAUUAUAUUUUUGACCUUUGUGUCCAUAGGAUAGUAGUCAAGAGACUUUGCAGAGUGAUCAUGGAGAGGGGUAUGGGAUUAGUCGAGCUGAGGUUACUGAACAAAAUGGGGUCAUUUGUAGUGCUCCCUUGCCAGAGUUUUGAUUCACAAAAUUGGGUUUGGUGUUGAAAUUACCUUGGUUGUCAAUGGCCAAUACUAUACCAAUGGGUUUGAUUCCAUCCCAUUUGAAAUGGUUGGCAUGUACCACCUUGCACACACAGAUUUAGUCCUCUUCCCUGCUAAUGUUGACACAUUUCUCUGCACAGAAGAACACAUUAAAUAUUGCAAUUAUUUCUAAUACUGUUCUGCAUUUAUACACUUAAGAUGAAGUGGUGAUCUUAAAACAUUUUUGGUAAGGUGGAUGUGAAUGAUUAAAUUGGAGGCUACUCCACAAUUCAAAAUGCAAAGGUAUUAAAUUCUCCAGAAAGCUUUGUUCUGAAAUAUUUAUUCAUUAAUUAAUUGAUUAAUUACUCUGAUAGGAGAAUCUUUACUUUGUGGAAAGAAAUCUGUUAAGGCAAAAAAAUAAAUAAUUGGAUCUUGUGGAAUAUUUGGAAUCAGUUUGGACUUUAUUCCAACAUUAGUUGCUUCAUUUGGGUCUGGUGCUGUUAAAUCUGCUAAAUGACUGAAGGGUGGUACUGGUAUGAAUUUAAAGUGGACAAGCAUAAUUUUCAAAUUGCUAAUUAAAACUCUGGUCAGAUGUGAUAUUAAUCUGAUUGUUUCACAUUUUCAAUAUUGAUUUAAAAGGGACACUUUUAAACAUUGUACAUGUAAUGCUUGAUGUGCCCAAGAGUUGUUUUAUGAAUCCCUGCCACUCAUUAUUCCCUACUGCCUCAAACACAAGUUUACAAAGUCUGAACUGUUUUCAGGAUAAUUCGGUGUAACACUAAUCUUUGGACUUUUAAUUUACGUAAUUCUAAUUCUCAUCUGUUCUUGAAAACCUCCAUUUAUGGUUCAGCAAAAUGUUAAUAUUAAAGGUUUCAAUGAAA